AGUCACAAAGAAGAAGACACGGUCAGAAAAGCAAGCUUGGUAAAUCAUAUAUCAAACAUGCGGCAAUAGCAACAUUUGCUUUCAUGGGAGAAUUCCACUGUAAUUUGCCAAGAACAAUUCACACAACCAAAGCAGUGGGUUCAAACUUCUCUGUGUGGAGACACUUACAGCACUAAUAGAAGAAGGGCAGGAUGGCCAUGGCCCUAUGACAUAUGUUGGGAAUCUCCACUCCAGACCAUUAUUCUUCUUUAUUAUACUGCAGUUCAUCUCUGGAACAGCUGUUACCAGUUGAACGUGUUCGGUGUUUUCACCAGGGGACAGAACUACAACCUGUUUUCAUUCCAGAGCUACACAACAUUUGCCUUUUUAUCCCAGAUCAACACUGCCUACUUGCCCACUCUGCAGUCCCCAGGAUGGCAGGUUCACCGGACCAACACAUGGUGGAAAACUACACCACUGACUUAGACAGCUUGCUACUGACAACAGAAUUUGACUACGGUGAUGCAAUAGCAUGCAUGAAUUCUGAAGAAAAGGACUUUGCAUCAAAAUUUUUGCCACCACUUUACUCUUUGGUGGUGAUAUUUGGCCUCCUGGGCAACAUGCUUGUUGUCCUUAUCCUGGUAAAAUACAAGCGACUGAAGAGUAUGACUGACAUCUACCUGCUCAAUUUGGCAAUUUCUGAUCUGCUGUUUAUAUUUUCCCUCCCUUUUUGGGCUUAUUACGCUGCCCAGGAGUGGAUAUUUGGAGAUGCACUCUGCAGAAUUCUCUCAGGUGUCUACCUCCUUGGCUUCUACAGCGGGAUCUUUUUCAUCAUCUUGUUGACCAUAGACAGGUAUCUGGCCAUAGUGCAUGCCGUGUUUGCUUUAAAAGCCAGGACAGUUACCUAUGGCAUCCUCACCAGCACUGUCACUUGGGCUGUUGCUAUUUUAGUCUCUCUCCCAGGAGUCUUUUUUCACAAAAGUCAAAAGGAAAAUUCUCGUUAUACAUGCAGCCCUCAUUAUCCAAUAGGAGACACAAUAAAUUGGAAAUACCUCUAUACUUUAACGAUGAACAUCCUGGGACUUAUUAUCCCCAUGAUCAUUAUGAUUUUCAGUUACUCCCAAAUUCUAAAAACAUUAAUGAGAUGUAGGAAUGAGAAAAAACAGAAGGCAGUCAGACUUAUUUUUGUGAUUAUGAUUUUUUACUUCAUCUUCUGGACACCAUUUAAUAUUGCUUCUUUUUUGUAUACCUUUCAAACUUCAUUAUCCCUCAGUACUUGUGAAAUCAGUGGUCAACUGGGGAAAGCAAUCCAAGUGACAGAAACAAUUUCAAUGAUCCAUUGUUGUAUCAACCCUGUGAUCUAUGCAUUUGUUGGAGAAAAAUUUAGGAAAUAUCUUUAUGCCUUUUUCCGAAAGCAUGUUGCAGCUCACCUCUGCAAAAAAUGUCCAGCUCUUUAUCAUGAAAAAUUAGAAAGAGUUAGUUCCACAUUCACACCAUCUACUGCAGAGCAUGACAUCUCAACUGGACUGUAAAAAACACAUUGAAAGGUUAGGCAGUAAACUUUGCAUCACCCUCUUUGCCUUAAGGACUGCAUGACAUUAUUUAAGAUCUGUAUGGCAAUCACUACUAAAAACUGGCUGACUCCCUAUUAUUACAGUUAAUUGUUCCCUGGGAUUACAGCAUUUUCCGUUUUUAAACUAAGAGAAUUGAUGAAUUCUCCAGGAAAGGUAAAUGCCAUAAUUGGAUCACUUCAAAAUUUGAAUGGGGCCCAGAGCAGUAUGAUUCUGGUGUUUGACCCAAAUUUUAUCCAAUGAAUAGAUACUAGCGAGAUUUACCUAGGGGGAAUAUAAUAUUGAAGAGACUAAGGAGUGAUGUGUCACGUCACAAGAGCCAUUUACUGUUAUGCAAACAAUGUAAGAUAAACACUUGGAGGAAGUUUUGAGGAUUGAUGAACCUGUCCAGUUUUCAGCAUUAAUGACAAACCUGAAAUCCUGAUGGCUUUUGGAAGUGAUAGUGUUCUUUCUGUAACACAGUUAGCUAUUUGGAAGCAUUUAGCUCUCUUCAUUUUGCUUCCCUCCCCCUUAUUUUCCCUUCAUGAAUAAAAGAUGUUUCCAAUAAAACCAGGUUGAGGAUGAAUAUGAGGUAUAUGAAAAUCUCUCCUCUGUUGGCAGAGAUGACUAACCUUCAUCUUGGGCCAUUCUAGCCAAGGAUUUAUCUACUAUGUAACAGUGUAGCUGUUUUUAAUUCUUUUCUUUUGACUAUAAGCUAAAUUAUAGCAUUUUGAUGUAGUUAUUUAAUUUCAUGCCUGCCAUAUCAAUGUUCAGUUGCUAACAUCUUCCAAAGUGGGCUUUUAAUGGGCAACACCAUAUGUUCUGUGGGUGUAAUGUUACAAGUAACUGCACACACCAAGACAACUGACUGCACAACAAGACAAAGUUGCACCACAAAAACCCACAAGCUUUUUUCUGGCAAAACAUAUCCCUCCAAGGAAAACAGCACAUAGCCAAUAGAAGAAAAGAAGACCAGCAAAGCUCUGCAAACAAGGAGUAAAAAUUGCCUUGGUAUUUGCCAUGCAUGAUUCUGUGCAAAAAUGAAAAUAACAUCAGGCCCUCUGAAGGAUUCUGGAGACCAUGAGCAUAGUAUUGACUGGAGGCCUUUCUAGUCCUGGAUAGAUAAAUUGCAUGUGCAAAGGGCAUGGCAGUUGCAGUAACUCUAUCAGGCUAGGCUCCUGCAUGAUACAAACAUGCUCUGAGCAUACACUGUAAGUCUGAGGUUUGGGAUACACUCUUGGGCAGAGAGCAGCCUUGAACCUGGAAAGGCAACUAACUCCAGAGUAGACAUACUCCCUUUCGCCUUCCCAGGAGAAUAGUUUCCAUCACCCACUGGUGCCACAAUGAAUAAUCAAUCCUUAUUGAAGACUUAGGGCCAUUAGUAGCAUCAUGAGAUGGAGUGUCCUGCACUAGAGUGGCCCCUAGAGGCGGCUGUUGACUUGCUUACCAGACGACUAAAGGACUGGAUGUGCAAUGAGGAAAACAGAGCCCGUAAAAACAGUGUCCCUUAGGAAAGACUGUUAAGGUUCAUGUGGUUUGAAUUGUUUCAUUCAGCUAGAAUCUCACCAUUCAGAAUUGUCUCUCCUCUGCUCUACAAGUGUCCUGUGGUUGUAAAUUUAUGCCUUUAUUAGGAAUUUGCCUGUAAAAGAAAGUGGUAUUCUGGGGACAUGAUGUUAGCAAAGAAGAGAGAGGUGCAGGGAGAAGUUCUUGCUUUAAACUGUAAGGAAGUGCAGGCAAGUGUUCCUUAUGCAAGUGCACGGUCCCUCUGCUUUCUUCCCAUUACCUUCAAAGGGCAUCACUCAGACAUGUAAGGCCUUGCUCUUAGAGAAACCUAUAGAGGCAGGGCAACUAACCUGCAUGCAACAUAAGGAUGGAAGAGGGGAUUCCACACCACCUAAUGUUAGGCACGCAGCUUACAUGCCUAAAUUAGCAGCAAAUCUCUUCAGUGCUCUUCAGUGAUCAGUUGAGAGAAAGAGAUGUCUGUGUCAGAAGCAGAAACCCAAUUUAAAUGGACUCUCGGGAAGGUUACCUCUCUGACCAUGGAAGGAAUGUAGGAAUGCCAGCCUCUUAAUUUAGGCAUCAGAUGCCUCAGUUUGGGUAGCGUGAAUACUCUUCUCCCUUUAGCCUUACAACCUCAAGGCACUGCCCCUAUUAGUUGUUAGCUAUUAUCCUAUCAGAUAUGACAUUCUGACAACUCCUCUAUAAGGUUAACAGCUGAAGAAAUACCAGUGGAAAGACAGUACCCUCACAGGAAACAUUCUUGCUUGGAAAUGACCUUUUCCUUCUUUUGCACCUUUUUAUUGCACUAAAGGGAAAGCACCUUUUAAAUAUUAAAACAUAAAUUAGCUCAGUGUGAUACAAAUAUUGCUGUAAGUGUGAUUAUUUCUAUUGCUGUAUUUUAUUUUAAACUCUUGACUUGUAAGAAUUAUGUUUCUUCCUCAUGUUAAUGCAGUGAUAUUAAUAAAAUCAGUGUCUGAAACGCAA